ACAAUGGUCCAAGGCCACUUUGGAGACGAUGUCAACCAAUCAUUUCCACGAAUGUCCUCUAGGAAUGUAAACUAUCAUCCAAAUCCACUUCUCCGUCCGAGUAUCCCCGCUGCUGUCUCUAUCCAGAUUCAAGAAGCUGAGCAAACGGCAAACGACUGGAGGAACUGAAAAAUGCCUGGACUAACUGCACCAUCCGAUUAUUCGCAAGAGCCCCCUCGCCACCCUGCCCUUCUGAUUAAUUCCACGGCGCCCUUCAAUGCUGAACCACACCGUUCCGAUUUGAUUUCGUCCUACGUUACGCCAGCAGAUUUCUUCUAUAAGAGGAAUCACGGGCCCAUUCCAAUAGUUGAUGACAUAGAGAGAUAUAGUGUUUCUGUAACUGGUCUAAUAGGGAACCCCAAAGAGCUGUACAUGAAAGACAUUUGGAAGCUACCGAAAUAUACUGUCACUGCCACUUUGCAGUGUGCUGGAAAUAGAAGAACUGCCAUGAGCAAAACUCUCAAGGUUAAGGGAGUUGGAUGGGAUAUUUCUGCAAUAGGAAAUGCUGUUUGGGGUGGAGCUAAAUUAGCAGAUGUUCUUGAACUGAUUGGAAUUAAUAAGCCCUCACAGAUAACACCAUCUGGAGGAAAACAUGUAGAAUUUAUAAGCAUUGACAAGUGUAAGGAGGAAAAUGGAGGCCCCUAUAAAGCAUCAAUUCCAUUAAGUCAGGCCACAAACCCCGAGGCUGAUGUUUUACUUGCAUAUGAGAUGAAUGGAGAGCCUCUUAACAGGGAUCAUGGAUACCCAUUACGGGUGAUUGUCCCAGGUGUAAUUGGUGCUCGUUCUGUCAAAUGGCUUGAUUCAAUCAAUAUCCUGGCAGAAGAAUGCCAGGGAUUCUUUAUGCAAAGGGAUUAUAAAAUGUUUCCACCUUCAGUUAAUUGGGACAAUAUCAACUGGUCUACGAGGAGACCACAAAUGGAUUUUCCUGUCCAGUCUGCAAUAUGUUCUCUGGAGGAUGUAAAUGUGGUAAAACCUGGAAAGAUAACUAUCAAGGGUUAUGCGGUAUCAGGAGGUGGACGUGGCAUAGAGAGAGUAGACGUGUCCGUCGAUGGUGGCAAAACCUGGAUGGAAGCCUCUAGAUUCCAGAAAGCUGGUGUUCCAUACACCUCUGACGAUGCAAGUAGCGACAAAUGGGCAUGGGUGGUCUUCAAGGUUGAGGCUGAUAUCCCAAUGAGUGCUGAGAUUGUUGCUAAAGCGGUGGACACAGCUGCAAAUGUCCAACCUGAAGAUGUAGAAGUUAUCUGGAACUUGAGAGGGAUACUGAACACCUCAUGGCACCGAGUUCAUGUUCGGGUUGGGCAUUCCAGUAUGUAGACAAAGCAGUCGGAUCUAACAUCCUGCACUGUCGGGGACUGGUUUAGAUGUGGAUAACAUGUAAUUUAUCGUGUUUUUAGGAAGUUUAUACGAUCAUCUGUACAAUAUUAUAUUUCCCAGUUUCCAAACGUGUGAAAGAAAUUAUGUUCUGUUCUUUAAAGAUUUCGCUGGAAUUUUUUGAGCUGUUUUGGUAAAAUGGGAUUCCUAUAGUGAGAGAUGACAUCCCUUUUAACGUA